AUGUUGCCAGCAGUCACAUUAGCUGUGAAUGAAAUGAAUGAGCGGGCUAAAAUGGGAGAACAAUCGAACGAGCGAGUGGAUUCAAUCUGCAACCAAACCCCAAACCCCAAGUUCUGCAUCGAUGCCAUAUACACCGAUCCUCAAGCUUCAGACGCUAAUACAGUUGGGCUAGCUUAUAUCGAUUUUCGUUUAGCAAUCACCAACGCUACGAACACACUCUCCUUCAUUACUAAUCUUCAAUAUCGAUAUAAUGCGCCGCCUAACGGUGUAACGGGUCUGACACCAUGUAGCGUUGGUUACAAAAAGGCAAAGAAUGCACUUGAAGCAGCCCUCGCCGACUUGGAUUCUGAUACUUAUGAGCUUGAACAGUUCGCGGCUGUUUCUGCUCAGUCUGCAGACCGUUGCCAGCAUAGCUUGAAUUCAACUAGGAUGAUGAAACAGAUUUCAGUACGUUCACGAUUGAUUAGGAGGAAUACAGAUUUGAAACUACUGACUGGAAUUUGUUCUGUCAUUUCAUCAAUGCUCGUUCGAUAA